GCUGGUGAAAAACGGUAAUUCUUUAGCUAUUAUCGUUUAAGAGUUAUUCAAAAAAAUACUCUAAGACACCGUUAUUUUUAAAUGGAUAGUAGUACCAGUGAUUUUUUAUUUUGUUUUAUAAAGAGUUUGAUAGUGAACUAAAUAAAUAUUUUUUUUAAUUUUAGUUACAAUAACAUUAGUGAUGUGGUUUCACUACAAUUAUCUAAAAUUCCAUCUUUACGUUCAUUAUUUUUGCAGGGAAAUGAAAUUUCAAAAGUAGAAGGAUUAGAAUCAUUGAGAAAUCUUCGUGAAUUAGUUUUAGAUAAAAAUAAAAUUCGAGUUAUUACAGGAUCAAAUAAAAUACAGGAGUUGACUGAAGUAGAAAAAUUAAUUAAUUUAGUGGGAUUGAGCGAAUUGUCAUUAAUGAAUAAUCCGAUUUCACGUAAAUCAACUUAUCGUUUAUUUAUUGUUUAUCGAUUACCACAAGUACAGAUUUUGGACGAAGUUCUUAUAACGGAAGAUGAACGAUAUCGUAGUGAAGUUUAUUACACAGAAAGUCAGGUAAUGGGCGGUCCAACUGUAAAUGUCACUGAAAUAUUUCCCGGUCUUUUGCCUGGUGGACCUCUCCUUCCAUCUUCUAUUCAACAACAACAACCCAUACGAAUAAAUCAGAUGAAUAUUAAUGAAAAUUUUAGCAAUCCUAGUUUAAUUGAGCAAAUUCGUCAAAGACAAAUGCAGUUAAAAUUAGCUGCAAGUUUUAAUACAACAGGCAAUGGAAAGACAGGUAACUAUCCUCGUUAUCCUCCGAACGAUCGUUCCUGA